CUGUGGUAAGAUUUUAUGAAAAAUAAAGUUCUUAUUCGGCAACACUGUUCAGUCGGCGACGGCAACCCAGUCUUUGUUAUUGUCAGUUAUCAGCGUGACAGCGUCAUUCUGCCAAUGGUCAUUCAUUGUCCAGUCCACUGCUUGUCACUUGUUCAAUAAUAAAAUCCACGUGGUUGGUGUUACUGGUUUUGAAGAUAGUUAUUUAAUCUUAAACUAUUGUUUUAAAGUUUUAAAGAUGCAGAAGGCACAGUCUAGUGAUUACGAGGAAGAUAUAAGUGUUAAGGUUAAGUCAGUACGAUUUUCAGAUGUUCCACAAAUAAAUACUCUUAGCAGUGAAUCCAGUAAAGAGGAAGAUGAUCUCGAUUCAGACGAUUACUAUCAUGAUUCAGAUGAACCGAGUUAUAAUAAAACGAAAAGCAACGCCAACUCUCAAGCGCCAUCGAGUAAAAUCACCACGUACCAGCCUAAAGAAAAAUUGUUUAAAAAAUUCGUCAAUAAAAUAAAUGUAGAUCAAUAUGAACCUAUAUCAAGAAAGACAGAGCAGUUCAUGGAUAGGAGUGAUAGAAAACUCAACAAUGAUAGAAUAAGAAUCAAGGAUAAAAGAGACAGAGCUACAGCCGAGCAAGUUAUGGACAGUAACACCAGGUUGAUCUUAUUUAAACUCCUUAACAAAGGCGUCAUCGAUGAAAUCAAUGGUUGCAUAUCCACAGGCAAAGAAGCCAAUGUUUACCAUGCAACCUCUAUGGAUGGAAAGGACUAUGCUAUUAAGAUCUUCAAAACCUCCAUCCUAGUGUUCAAAGACAGAGAUCAAUAUGUAACAGGUGAAUUCAGAUUCAGAAACGGUUAUUGUCGUUCUAAUAACCGAAAGAUGGUCCGCUUAUGGGCUGAAAAGGAAAAGAGAAAUCUUGAGAGGAUGCACAAGGCAAACUUAAAUGUUCCAGAGCCAAUACUUUUACGAGGCCAUGUGCUAAUAAUGUCAUUUAUGGGAGAAGAAGGAUGGCCUUCACCAAAACUAAAAGAUGUUGAAUUAACUGAGCUUGAAGCUAAGACUAUGUACAAAGACAUUAUAAGAAUGAUGUGGAAAAUGUUUAAUAUCUGUAAAUUAGUGCAUGCGGAUCUGUCAGAAUUCAACUUAUUGGUACACAAAGGUAAAGUAGUCAUUAUCGAUGUGUCCCAGUCCGUGGAACAUGGCCAUCCGCGUGCAUUCUUGUUUUUGCGAAAAGAUUGCGUAAAUAUAUCAACGUUCUUUAGGAAAAAAGGGCUUGCAACAUUAACAGUGAAAGAGUUAUUUGAUUUCAUCACUGAUUCUACUAUAAACGAGGAUAAUUUGGAGGCAUGUCUUAAUAAAUUAACAGAAAUGGCAGCUCAAAGGGACCUUAACAAUAUGACUGCUCAAGAACAGAUUGAGGAAGAGGCUUUCAAGAAUAUCUACAUUCCUAAAAGACUGACAGAGGUAAUAAACUAUGAACGAGAUAUCAACAAUGCAAAGAAAGGUGAUACAGAAGAUUUAGCAUACAAGAAGAUAGCUGGCUUCAAAGAGGAUUUGUCAGCAGCGGACAAACCUGACAUAUUGCAAGAUGAAGCUGCAAUACUGCAAGAGGAUGAUGUCAAUGAGGAUGAAGAAUCCAACUCAGAAAGUGAAUCAGAGGAAGGAGAAGAAGGGAAAAAACAACAUAAGAACUCCGCUCGCCCCCGAGACGAAUCACCAAACAGUAAGAAGUUAAGGAAGAAAGCCGUCAAGGAGGAAAAAGCUGAAAAACGAAAAACUAAAACAAAGAAACAUAUUAAGAAACGACGGGACAAAGGAUCAGGAAAGAGAUAGAUGUACUUUUUGUUUCAUUUUUCAAUGUGAGACCAGUAUUUUAACUGUUCAGUUUUAUGUGGAUCUCU